GGGAGCUGCGCCGGGCUGGGCUGUGCGCGCUGCGCGAGGGACUCGCCUUGGCGGAGCGGGCGGGCGCGCGCUUGGCUCCGGGGCAGCCGCUCGCUCGCUAUGAAUGCGGCCCGGGCUCUGCUCUCCGCCGUGUUCCUCGCCUGCUUCUUCUGGGGGGAUCUGCCCUGUUGCCAGCAGGCCACCAUCCCCGCCGACGACGACGACGCGCCGACCGAGCCUCUCCGGGAGUCCGACCAGGGCAUGCGGAGCCGACAGGACGGCAAAGCGCCCCGCUCGCCCCGAGACGCCGCCGCCCGGAAGGGACCGUCCGCCUGGGCCCCGCCGCCGCGAGUGGAGCCCCACGAGUACAUGCUCUCCCUCUACCGGACCUACUCCAUCGCCGAGAAGCUGGGCAUCAACGCCACCUUCUUCCAGUCCUCCAAAGCCGCCAACACCAUCACCAGCUUCGUGGACAGGGGGCGAGACGAUCUUUCGCCCAGCGCUUUAAGGAGACAGAAGUAUUUGUUUGAUGUAUCGACUCUCUCCGACAAAGAGGAGCUGGUGGGAGCGGAGUUGCGGCUCUUUCGCAAAGCCCCUGGCGAUCAUUCCUCCAAGGCGCAGACAGGCCUGGCCCAUGUGCAGGUCUCGCCCUGCCUGUCGGGCCGCCUCCUGGACUCCAGGACUUGGGGCCUGCACGAGGCGGCGUCGGCCCAGGCCGGGGGCGGCUGGGUGGUGUUUGAUGUGUGGCAGGCGCUGCAGCCUCACCAGCCGUGGAAAAAGCAGCCGCAGCAGCCGCUGCAACUGUGCCUUGAGGUGCGCGCCGUCGCGGGGACUCGAACCCACGCCCAGCAGCCCCUGCUGGACCUGCGCGAUCUGGGUCUGGGGCGAGGCGCUCGGGCGCAGCAGGAGAAGGCACUGCUGGUGGUUUUCACCAAGUCCCGACGGAAGAAUCUCUUCUCCGAGCUGCGCCAAGAAAGGGGAGCCCAGCAGCAGAGCGCGCACGCGCCUUCCCAGGAAUCGACGGCCGCCGCGCAGUUGCGCUUGCAGAGCCGUCGGAUGAGGCGCACGGCUUACCAUAACCGCCACGGCAAGCGGCACGGCAAGAAAGCGCGGCUGCGGUGCAGCAAAAAGGCCCUGCACGUGAACUUCAAGGAGCUGGGCUGGGACGACUGGAUUAUCGCCCCUCUGGAGUACGAGGCGUACCACUGCGAGGGCGUGUGCGAUUUCCCGCUGCGUUCGCACCUGGAGCCCACGAACCACGCCAUCAUCCAGACCCUCAUGAACUCCAUGGACCCGGGCUCGACGCCGCCCAGCUGCUGCGUGCCCACCAAACUGACGCCCAUCAGCAUCCUGUACACGGACGCGGGCAACAACGUUGUCUACAAGCAGUACGAGGAUAUGGUCGUCGAGUCCUGCGGGUGCAGGUAGCGCCGCGCCUCUCUGUCUCCCCCUGGAGGGAAGAAAAAGAAGCACCAGGGAACUUGGGGAGAGAGAGCGCGAGCGCGCACACGAGGGACUCGCUAGGGGUAGCCCUGCGCAGGGAGGAGAAAGCAAAAGAGGCACUCGAGGGGGCGGCCGCUGCUGCAGUUGCUCCCCCCACCCC